GGGAAUUGUAGUUCAACCUCGAGAUCCGGCCCCUCCUGCUCUUAGUUGCCAUUGUCACCCAGCUAUCCUGGCUGCCUCCGGGUCGGUCCCGAGUUGGAGGAGGGCUGACCGUGGAGCCUUCUGAGUCUAAGUGCCCCGAAGGAGGGCGGCAGUGGGGCUCGGCGAAGGGCGCGCGUUCCGGGCCUCUCUAUGGACCCGAGCGGUCGGCCCCGGCCCUGGGCGGAGGAGGGAGUCGCGAUGGAUCCUGGAGACAGAGGAUUGCUUGCUGAGGACUCAGACCUUCCCGGUGCUGGAGAUGCAAAAGAAAAUGGCAUGACUGAUGUGCUGCUGACCCCUGGGUCCCAGAAACCCUUGAUGAUCAGGGAUAUGGCUUCGGCUCUCGCCCAGUGGGGGCAGCUGGACUCUCCUCAGGGAGAUGUGCCCAAGAAGCCUAGGAAUCUGGUCUUGCUGGGACUUCCAAUUUCCAAGCCUGAUGUAAUCUCUCAUUUGGAGUGUGAGGAGGAGCUAGCAAGAAGAGUCUCAAAAGCAACCAGUCCAGACUGGGAGACAAUCCCAGAAAGCAGAGAGCUAACUCCAGAGAAGGACUUUUCUGAAGAACCAGCCCCUGGGGUGUUAAUAGAAAGAUUUCCAAAGGAAGGUUCCAGUGAAUGUAAGGACUCUUUAGAGAAUCAGCAAGAAAACCAUGAAAAACAUCUAAUAAAAGAGGUUGUCACUCACAAGAAACUUUCUGGGGAGAGAAGUUACCAAUGUGAUGAAUUUAGAAGUUUUAAUCGGCGGUCAUUACUUGUUCAACAACAGAGAGAGAGACUUCAUAAUUUUGAUUCAUUUAAAAAGAACUUAAAGCAAAAUUCAGAUAUAAUCAGGCAUGAGAGAAUUUAUGCAGGAAAGAAACCUUGGAAGUGCAAUGAGUGUGAGAAGGCCUUCAAUUACUACUCAGCUUUUGUCUUGCACCAGAGAGUUCACACAGGAGAAAAACCCUAUGAAUGUAAUGAAUGUGGGAAAGCCUUCAGCCAGAGCAUACACCUUACUCUUCACCAGAGAAUUCACACUGGAGAGAAGCCCUAUGAAUGUCAUGAGUGUGGGAAAGCCUUCAGUCACCGCUCAGCCCUUAUUCGGCAUUAUAUAAUUCAUACUGGAGAGAAGCCCUAUGAGUGCAGUGAAUGUGGGAAGGCCUUCAAUCAGAGCUCAUACCUCACACAGCAUCAGCGGAUUCAUACUGGAGAGAAACCUUAUGAGUGUAAUGAAUGUGGGAAAGCCUUCAGCCAGAGCACAUUCCUUACCCAGCAUCAGGUCAUUCACACUGGAGAGAAACCUUACAAGUGUAAUGAAUGUGGCAAAACCUUUAGUGACCGCUCAGGCCUUAUUCAGCACCAGAGAACUCAUACUGGGGAGAGGCCUUAUGAAUGUAAUGAAUGUGGGAAAGCCUUUGGCUACUGUUCAGCUCUGACUCAGCACCAGAGAACUCACACUGGGGAAAAACCCUAUAAAUGCAGUGAUUGUUCCAAGGCUUUCAGUGACCGCUCAGCCCUUAUCCGUCAUCAGAGAACACACACUGGCGAAAAACCUUACAAGUGUAAGGACUGUGGGAAAGCUUUUAGCCAGAGUUCAUCUCUUACAAAACAUCAGAAAACUCACACUGGUGAGAAACCCUAUACAUGUAAGGAAUGUGGAAAAGCCUUCAGCCAGAGUUCGUCCCUUUCUCAACAUCAGAAAACUCAUGCUGGAGGGAAAACCAGGGAAUAUGGCCAAGCCUUUAGUGAGCAUUCAGCCUUUGGCCAACAUAAGAGAAUUCAUACUGGAUAAAUGGCAUAUUCAGAAUAUCAUCACAAAGCAUUUACCAUACAUGUUGUGAGGGCUACAAAGAAAUUUAAAACAGUUAUUGAGAAGUCAUUGUAGAUGUAGGGUAUAGCUUACUUAGACUGAAUGAAAGGUUUUACACUUUUUAAAAUGUCCUAAUGGAGGACACUGUAAAUUUCCCUGGGGAAAGAGGAAGUUUAUUUCUAAUACCAUAAUGUGUAUGUAAGUGACCAAAUCCUUAAGAGAGAAAUAGGGUGUGUCAUGGUGGAAAGAGGACUUGUUGGCUGGACGUGAUAGUCUUAUGAUGCUGAGGGCCCAAAGUUAUAAAGAGGCAAGUGAUCCUUAUAGGGAAAUUGCAGAUACAGAAAUAAGGGAUUGAAAAUUCCUAAUGAGUUUGUCCAGGAACAGUGGAGAAAUAGAAGUUGUCCUUCACCCUUAAGUGUAUGACACAAAAGAGAUAAAUGGAAAGGAUAGACUAAGAAUUGGGGGAAAGAACCCAAGAAGUGUUGCUUGAGAUAACUACUCAACUGAAUAUUCACAACUAGGAAGAAAUUAGAUUUGUUAGUUGGUCAGUUGCAGUUCCUGUGAGGGCAGCUUUACCAGGAAUCUAACAGCCUAGAAAGAGAAACUAGAGAUGUUUCAUGUGUUCAGUUUAUUUUAAGCUAUCUGAAUUACCUGAGAAUAUUUAUAAAGAUUUACCUCAGUUCUAUGUAGAUUAUACCUUAGAUUUUUUUAUACCAUAGUAAAAUUUAAUUGUAGCCUUGCACUGAUGUUAUAUAUUAAGACUGAGAAACUUGAAAAGAUUUUGAAAUUUUGUCCUAUCACCAUUUUACUUAUGGAGAGAGGCAGAUAACAUUUUUUGUGUACAUAUACUUUUGAUUGAAAUUUUCAAGGUUAUUACUGGAAAUAUAAUUUUGAGUGUAGUGUUUUUAUUUUUUUGAAGUUCCUCUGUGAUAUGUGUUGGUGUUCUUUUGUUUGUUUUGGGGGUUUUCAUUUUUUUUUUUUUAGUAUAUUUCUUGUUUGGAGUUUGUUGAGCUUCAAUCUGUACAUUUAUGUGUUUUGCCAAAUUUGUAUUUUUAGACCAUAAUUUCUUCAAAAUACAUUUUCAGCCCACUUCCCCACCCCCUUUUUCCUUUAGUCUCUGGUGACAGAAUUGUUUGACCUUUGAUUGUGAUCUCAUAAGUUUCAGAGUCUUCAUUCAUUUUUUUAAAUGUAUUUUUGUCUUCAUUUGCUCGAUCUGCCACAACAAAAUCCCAUAGACUAAGUGUCUCUAGAAAUGUAUAAUGUUCUAGAGGUUGGGGAGUCUGAUAUCAGGGUACCCUCUGACUCAAUUUUUACUUUGCGUUCUUUUCCUAACUUACCAUGGCUACCUUCUUGCUUUGUCUUCACAUAGAUUUUCCUUAAUGCAUAUUCAGAGAAAAAGAGAGUUAUUUCCCCCUUCUUGUAUGGCCACCAAUCCUAUUAGAUUUAGACCUUACCUUUAUGGCCUCAUGUACCUUAGUUACCUCCCAAAGGCCCUUUCUCCAAAUACAGUUAUAUUGGGGAUUAGACCUUCAACAUACAAUUUUUUUUUUUUUUGUACUGGGGAUUGAACUCAGGACCUUGUGCUUGUGAGGCAAGCAGUGGAACCACUGAGCUAAAUCCCUGGCCCUCAACAUAUGAAUUUUAGGGAGUCACAGUUCAGUACAUAGCAUUUUAUUUCUGCCCAGAUUUAUGUCCGUUAAUGAAAAAUACAUUUAUCCAUUCUAUCCUAACAACCACUAGAGUCCUAACUCACUCCAGCAUUGACUGUAAAGUCUAGAGUCUAAAGUUUCAUCUAAAUGUCACCCAAAUCAGAUAAGUGUGAAAGAAAGUAAGAUUCAUCCUGAGGCAUAAUUCCUCUCCAGCUGAGAACCUGUGAAACCAAUCUAUGCACUUCCAAAAUCAUUGGUUGGCCUGACAUAGAUUAGACAUGCCCAUACCAAAAGGGAGAAAUAGGAGAGCAUGGGUGAUGGUCCCAAACAAGGCCAAAACCUAGCAAGGCAAAUUCCAUUAGAUCUUAGAUUUUUUAAAUUAUUUUUCUUUUCUUGUUACCAGGGAUUGAACUCACGACCUUGUGUUUGCCAGGCAGGCGAGGUGCCAUUGAGCUAUAUCCCUGGCCCAGAUCUUAAGAUUUUAAAAUAAUUCCGUUUGAUUUGGUACAUUGUCUGUGGCCCUACUCGGUAAGGCAGUCCUGCCUCUGACUUUGUGGCUCUGCCAGGUGGCUCCAUCCCCUGGGCUUUGCAAGGUGGUCUGGUCUCUAUGGAUCCAGUUGAGGUUUUCCAGCCUAUUAAAAUAAAGAUGAGCUGGCUGGGUAAGCCUUUGAGCCAUACCCAUGAUCUCUUGAUCAAAUGAUUAUUCAGUCACAUCCUUAGCUCUUUCUUCCUAGCUUUCUCUUUUUUUGCCAUAUGAAUAGAAUUUGCCAUAUCUUUUAAAUUCUGCUUCCUUGUUGCCUAACAUUCUAUUCAUCAUUCAUCCUACUGUUACAUCUCUCUCUAAGCAAAAAUGACCCAAGCUACACCUUCAGUACUCUAAUUAGAAAUUUUCUCUGUUAAAUACCUAAUUUCAUCCAAGUUUCACCUUUUACAGAAUACUAGAAUACAGGUCAGACAGGUUCCUUGGAACUUGAUAAGAUUCAUCUUUCCUCUACAUGUCAAUAACAUGUUCUUCACUACCAUCUAAGUUGCACCAGAAAGUCUUUAAAGAUUUUAUGUCUAGCAUACACCUCACAACUCUCUAGCCUCUGCCUAGGACCCAAUUCCAAAGCUGUCUCCACAUGUUUAGGUAUUAGGUUACAGCAGCACCCCACUUUUCAGGAUCAAAAUCUUAGUCUGCUCAGGUUGUCAUAACACAGUACCAUACAAAAGGUGGCUCAAACAACAGAAAUUUAUUUCUCACAGGCUACAGAUUUAUUACAAAUGUAUUUCUCAAGGCUACAGAUCCAAAGUCAAGUCCAUCAGGGUGCAGUUCCUGGUGCAGGCUCUCUUCCUUACUUGUAGAUGUUUGCCUUUUACUGUGUCUUCAUGUGGCCUUAGUUAUGUGUGUGGAGAGAGCUGUCUUCCUCUUAUAAAACCAUUGGUCCUGUUGGAUUAGGACCCCCACAUUUACAACCACUUUUAACCUUAAUUACCUCCUAAUAGCCCAUCUCCAAAUAUAGUCACAUUGGAGGAUGGAGCUGCAACAUAAUGAAUUUGGGCGGGGUGAGGAGGAGACAGUUCAUUCCAUAAUACUAUUUACCUGUUCACUUUGGAUACUUUCUAUUGUUUUCAAGUUCACAAAAGAUUCAUCCUGUGCUUUUGUACUGUUGAGUCAGUCACUGAGUUUUAUUUCAGUUUUUGUUUUUCAGUUCCAUUUGUUUUUUUGUUUGUUUUUUUUUUUUGGUACUGGGGAUCAAACUCAGGUCCUUAUGCUUGCUAGGCAAGCGGCAGAACCACUGAGCUAAAUCCCUGGCCCUCCAUUUGAUUUUUUUUGAGACUUUCCAUUUUUUAAAAAAAAUUUAUGCCCUAAAAUCCUUACAAGGCAAUUCUAACAUCUGUGUCAUCUCUGUGCUAUCAUCUGUGGGUUAUCUUCACUUGAUUUGAGAUUUUCUUGGUUCUUGGUGUGAUUAGUUAUUUUAUAUUGAAAUCUAGUCAUUUGGAGACUCAGUGUCCUACAUAGGUCUUCUAUUGUGGGAGGCCUCCUCUAUACUACUAGUGGAAAAGGGGAAGUAUUGCCUCAUUACUUAAGUUGAUAUUAAAAGUCCAGUUCCAUCAUGGGCCUCUGUUGACACUAGGAUAGGGGUUCUCAGUACUGCUGGGCAGGGGUGGGAUUGGUAGCUCCCCACUAGGCUUCUGCUGAUGCCACCCUGGCUGGGAGAGUCUUGAAUGCCUCAUGACUACUCCUCACCAUAGAGGGGAUUGGGAUGACCACAUUACUGUGGGUAUUGGUAUAAAUCCUGACUGUCCAUGGGGCCCCACUGACACUAGUAAUGAUAGGGAUAGACAUCUCUCUGGGCAGAGUUGGAAGCCCAGUCACCUCAUGUGCUCUCCAUUGACACUGCCAGGUGAGGAAGGGGCAGACAUGGGGUCUGAUGACCUGUCGGUCCCCAUGGCCUCCCAGGGUGAGUGGAGGGUUCAGCCCAUUCCAGCCUGAUGAGGGAGGAAUGGAGGCUCCCCACUCAGUCUUUUUGAUGGGAAUAGGGCUACAGAUCUUUUUCCAUAGAGUAGGCUUUUCUCAUGCUUUUUAAAAAUCAAUGUUGGGAUUCCUGGAUUUCCAGCUGCUUCAGAAAGCAGCCUGGGGCAGGAAGGCAAAAACAAGUCCCAAGAAACCACUGGUGUGCCUAAGGUUUCUAGGUGCCUAGUCAGUACAUCCUCUUCACCUUUCAGAACCCCUGUAUGUUUGUUUUAUAUAUAAUUUCCAGGACUUUUAGCUGUACCUAGAGGAUUAGGAGAAAGUCUUACUGCAUCUUUCCCUUGCCAUCCUUGGAUUUGACACUGAAAUGGCUGGUCAAGUUGUGUUGAGCACAGCCCAAAAGUCUGAGGCAUACAGAGGUUACUUAAGCUACCCAGAAAUGAGUACAGAGGGGUCUACUCACUGGUUCCCCAAAGACAAGCUCCCUCACUUCAUCUAGCUUAGAAGAAGCCAUACUGUUUUAAGUGGUGAAAAAAACAUUGUUUAAUUGUGGAUUAUAGACUUCAAAAGGAAAGAUAGAUAUAACUAAGAAUGUAAACCAUAGCAUUAUUUUUUAUUUGUAUCUUUGUUCCAAGAACAUUGAAAACCCCUGGAAAUUUUAAUUUACAACUUUGGAAAUUUUUACAAUUAUUAAUUAUAUGUGUCUCUUUUGAUUUGAUAUGUAAGAUGAUAUCAGGCAGCCAACCAAAAAAGGAAAAUAAUUGCGAUUUAGGACAAGUCACUUCAGCCUUUCAAAUCCAUCCUGAUAUAGGUUUCAAAAAUGUGAUACCUACUUGAGAUAGUGAUUAGAAUUAGGUAGAAAAUGGAUACAAAUGUGAUUUGUAAGCUAUCAAGUGCUAUACAACUGUUUAGUCGUUUAUAUGACUGAUAUCCACCAUGUGUGCUUUAUGAUGGUGUAGCUCAAUAAAAGUGACUGUGAGUAUGA